GAGAAAAUAAGGAUCGAGCGGCGGCAUGUAAGUACUGGAAACAUGGCAGUGUGCAGCGGCUGUUUCGCGAGUCAGUGCUCGAGGCUUAUCCGCGACGACGAUAAGUAGCUCGAGAGCCGAGAUGACCUAUUACCGACGCGGCCUCGAGUGUUUUUCUACUACCUAAUAAAUACAUACGCCUGAGUGAGUCCGCGGUUUCCUCGAACAAAAACGAAAAUCUGUGACGUUUCGCGGUAUACGGUGUCUGCUCUGUGAUUUCAAGUGUCGCGUUUACUAUCGCACAUCGCACGGUGCGCGUGACGUUGACAGGUGGUUUGGUUGAGUAGCGCCGUUGACACUCCCUUUCGUAGGCGGCUCGACGUGUCGCCUCGUGCGGACACCAUGUUCGCGAAUCUCAAGAACAAAAUCAAGGAGGAAAUCGGCAGCGACGUCUCCGCCGUCGUCAGGAACGCUGGAACUGUUCGCGGUCUCAACAAUAGGCAUCUCUCGCAGACUGGCUCGACUAGCAGUGUCAGCGGUUCUCAGAUCUCACUGGACGAGUCCAGGGAGGAAAACACUGGCUCUCCCUCGUCUUCUCUGAGACUCAAGCGAGAAAACAGUUUUGACUUGAAACUCGGAGAUGGAACCCCACUGUCGGCCAAAGAUAUCAAGCGACUGGAGAGCAGAGAGGAUGAGUGGAGGAGGAGGCUUCAGAAGAAAGAAGCCGAGCUUCUCAAGAGAAUGGAAAAGAAAGAGGAGGAGCAUAGAAUCAAAAUGCUCGAGAGGGAAAAAGAGUGGAAGAAAGUAUUGGAGAAGCACGAGAAAGAAACGGCUAAGCUGGUCGAGGAUAGAUUGAGGGCAGAAAGUGCCAAGAAUUCGUUGGAAGCAGCGCUGAACGACGCAGAAGAGUAUAAGAAAAAACUGUACAGUUUUCAAGAAAAUGCAGAGCAAAUGGAAGGUUUUCAAACACAAGAAAUGGCUAAAAUUAAGCACCUUUUACUUGCCAAAGAACAGGAAGUCGAAGAUAAAUCUCAACGGUUAAAAGCUGCAAUGACUGAAAUUGAAAAUUUGAAAACAGAACUAUCAAGACUGAGGCGAUACGAGGAUGAACUGAACAAUGUUCAAGAUGAAAUGGAAUCGUUGCGUCACUCGACCCAGCGAGAACGGGCUCAGUUGUCUAGUCAAUUAGCACAAACCGAGGAAGAGGUGCGGCACUUGAAAGACAAAGUUUUCGUGCUCGAGCAAAGGGUAGCAUUGGAAUCAGGCGAUCAGGUGACGGUCGACGAUCGAGUGGCCGACCUGAUGCGCGAGCGAACGCUGCUAGAGAGAAAACUUGAAGAAGCCCACCUACAUCUCUCGGACAUAAAAACCAGCUGGUCCGGAAAGAUAUCGAGUUUGGAAACCCAAGUCGGUCGACUGAGCAGACAGGCGGGCGAGGAGGGUCUGGAGAGGAGACGAGUCGAGGAGGAGAAGGAGGCGCUGCGCCAAAGGAUCAAGGAACUCGAGGCUGAAAUUGAGGUGAACAAUGUGGUAAUGGCCACGAAAGAUGCUAAGCUUUUGCGCAUGGCAGAGGACAUCGACGAAAUGGCCACGGAAUUAAAAGAGCUCCGGGCCAACGUCGAUGACGAGGUCGAGGAGUUUAAGCGACAAAUUGAACUUUCGGAAAAGGAGAUCACGGAUCAAAAAUCUCUUUUAGAAGAAACCGAAAAUGCGCUCACAAAUAAGGAGUCUGAACUGUCCGCAAUACAAACGAAUUUCGAGGAGGAAAAAUCGAAAAAUUUGCUGUUGCAAUUAGAGGUCGAUAGGUUAAAAGAAGAAUUAGAAACUGAAAAAAUAUCAAAGACGAACAUUAAUCUGAGUCUCGAAAAGGAAAGGACUGAAAAGGAUUCGGCGCUGUUGAGGACGGCUCUCAUUUCUCAAGAAAUACAAAUCGCUAAACAGGAAACCAAAACGCAGGAGUUAGAAAACGUGGAGUUACAAAGCCGGUUAGACAGUCUCGAAGAUACGUUAAAAAUCAAAUGUAAAGAUAUUGACGAAAUAAACAGAAGACUAGACGAGGCGUUACAAAAAAAUCAAGAUUACGAAAAAAUAAAGCAAGAUACUGUAGCGUUGGAAGGCAAUGAAAAAGUAUUGAAAACGAGCUUAUCCGAUUUGGAGGAACAGCUCAGCGAAAAGAACAAGACGAUCAAAAUACUGCAGCAGCGUUUGGCUGAUAUGAAGAAAACUCUUCAACGUGAAUUGAGAGUUCCUUCGUCGUCUCUAGAUAGUGAUGCUGAGCCAUCCGCAGCCAUUCUUAAUCCCAGUUCGUCUAAAACUGUCACUGCCAAGCACAGCAAUUCGAGAGAGGACGACGUUAACUUUAAAUACCUCAAACAUGUUCUUAUUAAGUUCCUGACUAGCAGAGAAUACGAGGCUUUGCACUUAACGAGAGCGGUCGCAACGCUUCUACACUUUUCACCAGAAGAAGAACGACUACUGCAAGAAACGUUGGAGUGGAAAAUGUCUUGGUUUGGCACCAAACCUAAUCUAGGCAUCGGACAGACGGCAAAGGCCAUUCCUCCAAGUUGAUAAUAAAGUGAAUUGUAUUUAUAGCCUUGAAAAUGUUUCAAAUUGUUAUUUGAAUAGGUCAAUUUUCGCUGACCCGUUCAGAGCGAAAGACAGGAUUGCAGAAUAAUAUUUAAAACUUACCUCGAACGUUAUCUCGUAAUAAUGAAAAUACAGGUAACGAGGUUUAGCUUUAUUGAGAAAUUAUGAGUCGUAUGAAAAAAAAAUGUUUGAUAAAUAAUAGAGCGAGUUAGAAUGUUGAUAUUUUUGUAUAAAAAACGUUCUCGUUCUGACAAACACCUUUCGCUAGUCGCUUUUGAAAGUCGACUGUUCACUACAUUGCACACAUUCGAAAUGCUUCAUACUUCGACCUCGCAUGAACUAUGGAAGACGAAUAAAAAGCAUGUUUCUUAUCUCAUCGCAUGUAAGUUAUAACAUAAUGUUAAACUAGUGAUAUAAUUUUAAUUUAUUGACUAUCGUAACAAAUAAAAAGCCAUAAUUGUACGUAUUUAAUAAAAGCAUUGCUAGAGUUAUGGAUUUUAAGGAAUAGUAACUAAUAUAUUAGUUUGGAAUCAUGAGGAAUUUUCGCUCGGUAAUAUUACGCAGUAUUGUAGCUUGUAAGAAAAAUUAUUUGAAAAUUAGAAAAUUGAAUCAUAAAGCUUACAACUGCUCUUCCAGUGAUGUUAAUCAUCACGUUAUACUCUACGUAACGAAAAAUAGUUAAAAUAUUCUUUCAAAAGCUACAGAAUAUUAGAACAGUCGAGCAUUAUAAUAGAAAGGUCUUUUUUGGACAGAUCCACUGUAAAUUAUGGAGAAAAUUGUAAGAAAUGAAGAAGACUAUAAUAUGA